AUGGACUUUGUGAAUCAUCACGACACCCUGAAGGAUUGCAAGGUAUUCUUGUUGCCGUUUUGUGCCUCAGGCCUGUCUUUCUUGAAAGCGAAUUCGCUGUACCCAGACAAGUUCAAGAAUGUCAUUGCAUGGGCCACCACUAAUCUUUUCCAGCUCAAGCACAUGAUCGGCACAAUGAAGCUUGACGCAUCAGCAGUGAAUCCGGUCUUCGCCACUAAGCAAGCGCAGUAUAUCGAACAGGGACUGCUGAAGGCCAAUGAUCCAGACGUCAAUUUCUCUGUCGAGCGCAUCUCCGCCACGAUGUACGCGAAAGAUGUGAAGGUGCCAGUCUUGUUCUGCGAUCCAAUCAAUGAUCCAAUUGACAACCAUAAGGUCGAUGCGGCUGAAAUUUUUGCAGAGUUUGGGAAGACCUUGCGCAAGAAGCCUGCUAAUGAAUUUCAUUGCAUUGGAACCGACCAGCCGCCCCCAUUCAAGACAAUAGGGGAUAACCGAAGUGAAGGGUUCAAUUUAAAGUCGGAGGCUGGGAGCAAGGUGCUGCUGGAAUUCUUCCGUAAAUGCGCAGAUUCUGCCGGAAAGACUCAACCAGUUUCCAGCCAGUGUUGUAGUUGUUGUUGA